AUGUCAAGCUGGCAGCCUAAUGGAGAGUAUCUCCUUCAUGUAGCCACUCUUUUAAAGAACUCGAUGUCUCCAAAUCAGGAAGAGCGUUCCCAAGCCAUGGAAGCCUUGAAAACGUUCCAAUUGCAAUCUGAAUUUUUAAACUAUCUUUGCUAUAUUUUAAUAGAGGGUGAAACGAAUGAGUUACUGAAGUCCCACCUUUCAUUGCUAGACUUGCAGAAUAACAGGGCGACCGCUGGCCUCCUCUUAAAGAACACAAUGCUGGAAGAAGGCAGCCUGACUAAAGGUACACAUGAUAUUCAAUAUGUCAAAAGUAAUAUCAUUCAUGGACUGUACAACUCUAGCAAUGCAUUAGUCUCAAAUGUUACAGGCAUCGUUAUUACAACAUUAUUUUCGACUUAUUACAGGCAGCAUAGGGAAGAUCCGCAAGGCAUUGAGAUGCUGUCACAACUUUUGGAGCUAGCUUCAAAUGGAAAUGAGUCCAGUAUCAAAGCUCUGUCUAAAAUUAUGGAGGAUAGCGCCCAAUUCUUCCAGUUGAAGUGGAGUGGCGACAUUAAGCCGAUGGAUAUGCUUGUAAGUGUCUUUAUCAGGUUAACAGGGGAUCCAGCUUCGUCUCCCGUAAUUAAGUCCGAAGCAAUUAAAUGUCUGAAUAACAUUGUACCUCUGCAAUCUCAAUCAUUCAUUGUGAAAAUUGAUGAUUUUUUGAACAUAAUUUUCAAUUUGGCACAAUCAGACGAGAACGAUCUAGUUAGAGCACAAAUAUGCGUCUCCUUCGCAACCAUAUUGGAAUUCAGACCAGAUAAACUAAUUGAUCACUUAUCAGGUAUUAUUCAUUUCAUGCUUCAUUUGAUAGGCUCUGUUUUAGAGGAAAAAGUGGCGAUAGAGGCAUGUGAAUUUUUGCAUGCCUUCGCUACAAACUCACAAAUUCCACAGCACAUUGUACAGCCAUACGUCAAAGAUGUUGUUCCAGUUUUAUUGGCCAAAAUGGUAUACAACGAAGAGACCAUAUUAGCUCUAGAAGUUUCGAACGAGGACGAUGCUUUUGAAGAAGACAAAGAUGAGGAUAUUAGGCCUGUUGCUCCUCGCAUUGUUAAAAAAAGAGACGGAGAUGCUGACAGUGAAGACGAGGAUGCAGAUGAUAGUGAGGUAGAUACACAAUGGAACUUGAGAAAAUGCUCUGCUUCCACACUGGAUGUAUUGACCAACCUCCUUCCUGGUGAUGUCGUAAAUGUCGCUAUUCCAUUUUUAAGAGAGCAUCUCACAUCUGAAAGAUGGUACAUUAGAGAGGCUACUGUGUUGGCGCUAGGUGCAAUGGCUGAAGGUGGGGUGAAAUAUUUCGAUGAUCAACUUCCCGCUUUGGUCCCCUUUCUGGUGCAGCAAUUGAAAGACUCAUGGGCUCCCGUAAGAAAAAUAACGUGUUGGACAUUGAGCAGGUUUUCGCCUUGGAUCUUAAUGGACCACACAGAAUUUUUGAUUCCGGUUUUGGAACCAAUCGUAAAUACUUUGAUGGAUAGAAAGAAGGAUGUCCAAGAAGCUGCAAUUAGCGCUGUGGCUGUUUUUAUUGAAAACUGUGAUAGCGAGCUCAUCGAAACAUUAUUAUACAAAGAAUUGCUGAGUAGUUUCAGCAAAUGCUUUGAAUUGUACAAAAAGAAGAACUUAAUUAUUUUGUAUGAUGCUGUAGGUAGAUUAGCAGAAAAAUGCGAAUUGGACGAUAUGGCUAUGCAAACAAUUCUCCCUCAUUUGAUAGCGAAAUGGUCGUCUUUGUCCGACAAUGAUAAAGAGUUGUGGCCUUUACUUGAGUGUUUAUCCUACGUUGCGACCUCUCUAGGGGAGAGGUUUAUGCCAAUGGCCCCCGAAGUUUACAACAGAGCUUACAUGAUACUUCGUCAAUGCGUUGAGCUAGAUGAGAGGUCUCACCAAGAUCCAAACAUUGUCGUGCCAGAGAAAGAUUUCGUCAUAACAUCGUUGGAUCUAAUCGACGGUUUGGUCCAAGGUUUAGGGCCUCAAUCUGAACAACUACUGUUCCCGCAAGGGAACAAGAACACGCUUAUUUUGAACAUCUUAAUAAAAUGUUUGCAUGACCCCGUUCACGAGGUAAGACAAAGUGCUUUUGCGUUACUGGGAGAUAUUGUGUACUUUCAUGAACCUCGACUGCUUGCCAAUUCUCUUCCGGAAUUUUUGAAGUUGAUUGCCAUUGAGAUGGUGCACAAUGAUGAUUCAGACGGUGUAUCUGCAUUGGUCAAUGCUAUUUGGUGCUUAGGAUUGAUAGGAGAACGGAUAAACUUGACUGAUUAUAUCGUCGACCUUUCACGUUUGAUCCUAGAUCUAUUCACCACGACCAGUCAAAUUUUGGAUAAGUCAGUCACCGAAAAUCUUGCCAUUACGAUUGGAAGACUUGGAAUGACUCUUCCAGAGGUCUUUUCGUCUGGCCCUUUCGCCUCUGAUUCCGUGUGGAGCAAAUGGUGUCUAUCUGUGAACGACCUUGAGUCUCUUGAGGAAAAAAGUAGUGCAUACAUGGGGUUCAUCAAGAUCGUUAAUUUAACAGGAUAUAAUGUCUCGAUUACGGAUGAAACGUUGAAAAGCAUAUUAGAAGGAUUAGCAGUCAAUGUCGAUGUCACUAUUUUCGCUCAAGACAUAUAUGCAUUAUUGAUGAAAUAUUCAGACAAGAUACAGAUUCUCCGUCUUUCUCAAGAAGCAAUCGCUCUCUUGCAACAGUUUAGUAGUAAUUAA